AGUCUGUGUAUGUACAGCGAGAUACUUCAUAGACUGGGUGGUAAACAUCGUUGAGGCAGAUGAGCCGCAGAGACAUCGACGAGGCAGCAGUCCUCAAGCUGUAUGGCAUCUCGUCGCUCGACCCACAAACCUGGGAAGCUGUGGACCAUGAUGUAGAUGGUCCUCUGGCAGGCACAUUGACAGGCGAGGACGGAAGUAUGGUCGAGGAGGUAGAUCCAUUGGGGCUGAGAGGGCGGCUAUCUGGGGCUCACGAAUUGGACCUCAGGACUCGUACCGCUACGACCUUAUCGUCCAAGUCUUUCGACCCGAAAGUCUUCUUAUCGGCCCAACAUCCAGAUGCGUCCUAUGCAGAUCUUAGGAAAGGAAUAGUCAAUCUCGAACGAGCUAUCGAAUCUCGGUCCGAAGCUGUUAGGAUCCUGGUCGAAGAUCAUUUCGAUCGAUUCGUGAAUGUGAAAGCGACGAGUGAUGUGGUGUACAAGGACAUGAAGGAAAGCUUCUUGGCUCAGGAUACGGAUCAUGGGACUCGGGAGUUGAGGGAGAUUUUCAAAGUCGCUGCCCAUCGAUCCGAUCAAGUCUUCUUGCCUGUCCUUGAGAAUGCAGUCAAGGCCCAGAAGCUGAGGUCGACACUGGGCGUAUUUGAAAAGUCAAAAUUCUUAUUCAACCUUCCAGGACUCUUGCUAGAGUCUAUCAACCAGGGUAAAUACGAGCAGGCCCUCCGAGACUAUCGUCGUGGAACGUUUCUAUCCACGGCGAAAUCCGGUCCAUUGAUACCUGGUUUGCCGAGCUCGACAUCUCAACAACGAGAACAACAACAACGUAUUUUUGAUAAGAUUUGGAUUAGCGUGGAGAAAAUCAUGGAUGAUAUGCGUGGACGACUUGAUGCAGGCUUGAAGGAUUCGACAAAGACAAUAGAAGAGCACGAGAAGAUUAUCGAGAUUCUCGUCGAGCUCUCUGGGACAGAUGAGCCUGCUUGGACAUAUCUAGAGUAUCAGCACGCACACAUCGUCGAGCAGACCAGGACAAUCUUCCAGAAAGCUCAAGACGCUGCCAAAGCUGCAUUAAACGCGAGCGCCGACCAGCCGUCGAGCUCUAGCUCAGUCUCGACGCUGCAGCGACAGCUCCAAGCCUCACCGGAUGCUGAUGAGCAGCCGAUCGUCGCAGCUACGCCGACGGAUGAUGCUUGGAUGGCUGUCAUCCAGAUGGUGAAACGGGUUUCCGAGUAUUUGAGUCAUGCUCUUCCAGAUUUUUGGCGAAUCGGCAGAGCUUGCAUGGAUGGCAAGCACAGAACACGAGACUCCUCCGGCGCAAUCACUUCGAGCAGGCGAUCCAAUAUCAACACACCGAGGCAGAUGUGCCUAGACAUUACCAAGCUCUACGUGUCACUGCUCUCACAAUUCUUCACGUUGUCCGAUAUCAGCGUCGCCGAAUCAAGCAUCAGGAAAGACACCGAUGAUCCAGCAAUACCAGAUUUCGUGCCCGUGGGAUCUACUGUUCUCACGGCGUGUCAGUACGCUGAAAAGCUAGUGGAAGAAGCUGGUGACCAUGUGGGAGAACUGAUAGGGCUAGAUAUACAUCCUGAGGCUGGUCAAAGCUUGAAGAACAUGCUCGAGAGUCUCAGGUGGAGGAUGGAGGAAGUCGUAGCUGCAACAUGGACGAGGGAUACGAAAUCACUUCACGAGCUCGAAGAUUGGCAUCUUGCCUCGACAAAGACUCAACAUCGUUAUCUCUCACUGGUUGAGACGCUUCAAACUCGAGUGGUGGCUUCCUCCAAGAUCAUUGCGAGUCGUAAAGGCGAAAAAGAGACUGUACCGACGACUUUCAAGCGUCGAAUCAAGGAUCAUUUUGUGGACACGAUGUGCUUUAUUUUUGAUGGGAUCCUCAACGCCGCGACGCAUCCGCCGUCUGAAGCAAGGAGGGGAAGUUUGGCUCGAGCAUCAAGUCGCCGUCUGCUAGCAGUACGAGAUAUCGAUACCCGGCUUCUCAUGACAUUGGCCAAAUUUCACCAAUUACGCUCGCUCACCCUCUCCUCUCUCGUAUCCAAGAUCUCUGCCACCCUCGAGGUGGAUACGAAACGAGAUUCUGAUGUCUUGGUGGAAGUACUCGAUAGCAUGGACGAUAUGAUCUACCGCGACUAUGUUGAGCGAAAGACUGUGGCACUGGUCCAAGCUGUCGAGGAUGGAAUCUUGAAUGCAGGUGUGGAUUGGCUCAACACUGCAAAGCCAACGGAGGUCAGACCGUACAUGCACAAGACCAUUCUCCUCCUCGUCGAGACUCACUCAAAGAUCAACGACGUGGCCCCUUCGCUUGUUCGACGGAUCAUUGAAGCGUUAGUCAACGAGGUGACCAAAGUCGCUCUGAGUUCUUUCGAAAAGAUCACGCAAUUCGGUACGGGAGGCAUGUUGAUGGCAACACUGGAGAUUGAAUACUUUCAUCAAUCGGUCGGACAGUACAUUACGUCUGAGGCGAAUGAUACCUUGUCCAAAAUUUACGAUACGAUUUCUGCGAAUUACAGGAGACAGAAAUCCACAGACGACUUUCACCGCGAAUUGGAGAGCUUGAGAAAAUUACUGGGCGACAGUCGGAAAGCAACGGGCAUGGAGACUUUGUGUUUCAAGCCAGUGUUGAGAGACAAGAGUAGAGAGCGGUAGGAUACUAUGGAAUCACGACUUUGCGCGAAUGAAUAUCUUGACGCUCCGUAUGCAUGCCCUCUCUCUCACACACACACACACACACACAC